AUGCCCCCGACUCCUCGCCGAGCGUACCUGACAAGGAACAUACCAAACUACGUCCAGGCGCAUGAUAGCGUGCCUUUUGAUCCUAUUGAGAUUGACAGUGAUGAAGACGACCGAAGCCCCCCAGACGGUCAGAGCACGAGAUCUAGUCGGCGAAUACAAACUCAACAAACAUACUCUACGCCUACUCAAAUCCGAGUCAAGAGGUCGGAAUCGCGAGACGAGGCGAGACUCCUCCCAACCUUGACCAAGCGCGAGCCGGGCUCUGUCACCAUACCAGACCCGAUGAAGAGGUCGUUUACACUGAAGUCUGGCUACAAGCCAAUGAACACACUGGACACUGCACGUCCGGGAACCAGAUCGCAUCUCGUUUUUGAGAAGACCACAAAUGUCCGAAACCCUUCGUAUGACAAUGGCCAAGUCCAUGCAAGCAAGAAACGAAAGCUCGACUACAAUCAUCCGAAUGGGAGCGGCGCCACUGCAGCAAUCUCCUCGAGUGAUAGCCAAAAUCAAGAAGAGUCCGCUGAUGAGCUUCGACUUAGCCCGGAGUCGACGGCCAACACGGCAGCAGAGCGAGAUCGAUAUCGUCGCAGUUCCCCACGUGUAUAUGUGUCUGUGCCUAAAUCCAAGGGGUUCGGCAGUGUGGUCGGGGAAUCUAUUUCUCAGCUCACUGCUUCGUCUCCUGAAGACGAAGGCAACUUCACAAAAGGUUCAGCAAAGCAGAGGAAGGCUCAGAAGGACAGGAUGCUCGCGAGCUCUUCUCCAGUGUCAUCAAGCAUUGUCCCAGCUGAGACUGUUGCUUCACCUUACUUUGGCGCAGCUAGUACCCCUUCUCGACAUCUGCGCUAUAAAGUCCUCCAACACUCGAGUCCCGAUGCACUGCAAGCCGAUCAAUCACCCCGAUUGCACACCAAUUUCGGCGAAUCUGGAAGGUCGUUGGGAGAUACAGAUAUAAAAAUACCGAAUGCUCUGAUAGUUGGGAAUGGUUAUACCGCGACAGGAAAUUCUCGCAUGAAGCGAGCAAACGAAAACAUCAAGUCAUUGAAACUAGACGAUGUUAUCUAUCGGAGACUGCCGAAUGCCAGCAUCUAUGUCGUUGAAAUCCAUUGUGACACCAAAGAGAUCUCGAUCAACACUGAAGAAGAAAUGUUGGGGGGUGAACCAGUGGUCGAGUCUCGCCCAAUCUCCAAGAUUGUCGAGGUCAAGUAUGGAAGCGACAACAGCCCAUUGGUAUCCCUCAGCUUUUCGCGCCAGGGACAUCAGGAAGAUAAGUUGUAUCUCAAGUUUCAAUCUCACAAGGCGGUCGAUGAUUUUGUGAAGAUUUUGAAGGGGUGCUCUGCUGUUCUGAAAAUGCAUUCCAAACCGGCUGAGUGGAUGGAGUCGGCAUUCGCAAAGGCGAAGACUGACCAUGCAAGCCACAAUCUUCAGAAAAAUCAUACCGCUGCGACACCGAAGGAGGAAGGAAUCUCUGCCACUGGGGUAAAACCUCGGCUUGCGAACCUAAGCGCAGGAAAGCAGAUCCGUCACGUUGAUAGACUCGAUCCACCCCAUCCAAUCUCGAGAGUGCGCACCGUCAUCUCGGGCGCAGAACGAAAUAUGCAGGCAGCUACGAACGACUCGGUGUCACGCAUUAGAAAACAAGUAUCCCCGGAAAACAUCUCUCCGGAACAGCCUCAGAUGCUCACUCGUUCACGAGACACAAAGCAAACAUCAAGUGAGGAUGCUCAGAGCGACGGCCACCCCAGACCCAGACCCUCCGAGUAUGCCGCACUAGAAGCCCCUUGGAGGAGGGAUCUCAUUUAUCCAGGACCUGGGAAAAAAUCUGCAACGGUACCCUUUGAGGACCUGAGACGACUCGACGACGAUGAGUUCCUGAACGACAAUUUGAUAUCCUUCUUCAUGCAGUAUCUCGAAACUUUCAUGGAGAAGAACAAUCCAGAGCUGUACCGGGAAAUGUACUUCUUCAACACGUAUUUCUACGAAGCGCUCACCAAGAACGUCAAAGGGAAAAAAGGCAUUAACUAUGAUGCUGUCAGCCGGUGGACCAAGAACAUCAACAUCUUCAAGCGCAAAUUUGUAGUGGUCCCUGUGAACGAGAACUUUCACUGGUACCUCGCCAUAAUCUGCAACAUGUCCUACUUUCUGCCAAAGGCCGAAGACGACGGUGCAGGUGAAGAACAAGCAGAUCAGAGUCUCCAAAAUCCUGAGGGUUCCCCUGUCAGCGACCGACAAAGCGAAGGAUUAGAAAAUGUAGCCACCCCAGCUACCGAAGACACCCAGAAAUCGCUAGCUGAACUCUCCAUCACUGACGACGAGGAAAAAAAUGGUGCGAACAAGUCCAAAGGUCAACUUAAGAGGGGACCAGGCCGUCGGAGGGUCAUUCGGAGAUCGCUACCAAAGUACGAUAUUGAGAAGCCGGUCAUAAUCACUCUUGAUUCGUUGGGUUCAUCACGUUCUGCAACGUGCUCACUCCUACGGCAAUACAUCGUCGCAGAGGCCAAGAACAAGCAGGAUCUGGAUAUUGAUGCCACGGAGUUGAGGGGCAUGACCGCCAAACAAAUACCCACGCAGAGCAAUUUUAGCGACUGCGGCCUUUACCUGUGCAUGUACCUGGAGCAAUUCGUGGCAGAUCCUUUCCAUUUUGUCUCGAGGAUUCUUCAACGGGAGGAGGAAGCCCAGCGAUGGCCACGAACGAUUCGCAGUGAAGACCUGAGGUCGAGGCUGCGGGAACUGAUCCUUGAAUUACACCGGCGGCAGGAAACACAUACGUCUACUGUGGAACUUCCCAACGUUGGCAGCAUCAUGGUUGAGAAGAGGGAGCCGUCGCUAGAGCCGCCAGCGGUUCCAGAGCCUGUGAAGCACCGCACUAAACAAGACAUUGCAGAAGCAAAACUGAGGUAUGAUGGAAUUGCUAUUGCUCGGCGAAAUGCCCAUCAAGAAGCACCGCCGCAAGAGGAUGACAGUACAAGCCGGUUGAGAACCACCCCCACCUGCAAAAAGCAUGCGUAUCUUGCGGAGGAUUCUUUCUCUCACGCUAGAGACAAUGACGAUGACCCGAUCAUGAUUUCGAGGGAAGAGGCACCGCGGCGUCAAGUCGGAGAUGUGGUCAGGGUUGGGGAUCAUUUCCGUUAUCACAAACCGAUACCCGGCACCGAGGUCUUGGUCAUACCUUUCCCUGGCCAAGGUGUCGACACAGUCGGAGACCAAUGUUUCGCACAUUCAACUCCGGCCGAAUUAGCUAGGAGUCUACGACAGAAAAAUGAGCUCAGAGAGGCAAAGAGAAAGAGGUCCAGAAGCGGUGAUGAGGGUGACUCGGGGCGAAGAGAGAGAGCCAGAAGUGUAUCCACGGAAUUUCUUUCGGGGCUUGAAAGUUACGCUGUCAAUCACCAUUCUCCUCGGGUAGAGAGGGCAGAAGAUGUGGAUUCCACGAAGCUUCGAAGCAGUCCGCGAAGCAAGGGCGCGAUGCGGGAAGAGGUCAUUGACCAUGAUGAUGCACAAUACGAAUGGCAAAGAGCAGCAAAGCGAAGACGACCUCAGGCCUCUCCAUUUGAUGGGUCCAGACAAGCGAGAUGGGCUCAUACUGAUGAUGGGGGAGAAGUGCCUGAGAAUCAGGAGGGCAACAACAGGACAAUGGGGGUGAGAGGGCGAGUAAGGGACAUGGAUGAGAAUAAUGAGAUGCUCCUCCGCUGA